CUAGAAAUGAGAGGAAGGAACGGCGGUAAUCGUAUCCAAAAAUAGAAUGACUAUCCGCGAGGAUCUCGUCGCUUCGGCGGCAAAGUUCCUACAGGACCCAAGUGUCGCCGCGUCUCCGAUCGAGAAGAAGAUUGCCUUUCUCCAGGCCAAGAACCUCACACAAGAAGAAGUUAAGGCGGCGCUCGCGCGCGCAAGCACCGAAGGCGCUCCAGUGCAAGCCUACACUCAACAGGCCGCAUCGUCUUCCGUUACGCAACCACCGCCCUACUAUGGGCAAUAUCCGUCACAAUACCCGUCAUACGCAUGGCAACCACCUCCUCAGCCCGUUCCGCGGCGGGACUGGAGAGACUGGUUUAUCAUGGCCACCGUGGUCAGCGGUGUAUCAUACGGGCUCUACACACUAGGACAGCGCUAUGUCUACCCCUUAAUUGCACCCCCUACGCCCGAGCGGCUGGAGCAAGAUAAGAAGUCUAUCGACGAGCAGUUCGAGAAGGCGUUUGCCCUUGUCGACCAACUGGCAAAAGACACUGCGGCCCUAAAGGCGGCCGAGCAAGAACGUACCGAGAGAUUAGACACAGCGCUCAAUGAGCUUGAGACGGUCAUCAACGAUCUCAAAUUAGCAAACCGCCGGCGAGAUGACGAGGCGCAGCGCGUGCGCGACGACGUGCAGAACCUCAAGGAGUCGAUCCCUCGGGCGCUCAAUAACCAGAAGGACCUAACCGAUACCAGGCUACGCGAGGUCAAUUCCGAACUCAAGAGCCUGAAGACUCUGAUCACACAGCGCAUGAAUCCAACAGCGACGUCAACCAGCGUUAGCAACUACCUGCGGCCGGCCGCCGGCGGAAGCGCCACACCUAGCCCUGCCGCCACUCCAGCGCCGACAGAGAACGCCGGCGCCGAGGCGAAGGAGGAGCCGAAGCCGGCAUACCAGGACUACUUGUCCAAUGCCAACCGCAGCUCGCCGUUGGGCAGCGGAAUGCAGGGCAAGGCGUCGAUUCCGGCAUGGCAAUUGAUGGCGUCCAAGAGCUCGGCCUCGUCCAAUUCCCCAGCUGCUAAUGGCGCAGAUGCUGGGAGCAGUGAGGCUGGGGAGGCUACAGGGAGCUCCUGAGUCAAUGAUGGCUAUGGUCUAUUUGGCGGGCAUCACACGCGGAGUGUAGGGAUGGCAAGUAAAAAAAUGUGUAUUUCUACAGUGUAGCGGGUUUCCGGGACUGAAUGUACGAAUGGACCUUGGGGCAUCUGGAGCCAAAUACGCACAAUGCAUACCUGAACAUGAGAGCUCGCUCGGUGAAAACGCCUCAGGUACUCACCUAGGUAGGCCAGGUUGGUGAAUGUGCCGCGGUCAAAAAGUGGGACCCUACAGUAGAAGUACUUGUAGGGACAACACUACUGCACAGACUGAGGACUCGGAAUAUCAACUUACAGUGCAUAACUAAGAAGGUUGAACCCACUGCACCCUUACUCCAACCUGGGCAGAAGCGCUCA